AUGGCAAACGUCUCCGUAGCCGCGGAGUGGCAGCUCCUCUACAACCGUUAUUACCGUAAGCCCGAACUCUAUCAAAUGCGCUGGAAACACGUGGACCUCGCCCGCAACAAGGUCGCCGCCGCUCCUUUCGGCGGUCCCCUCGCCGUGAUUCGCGAUGACUCGAAGAUCGUCCAGCUUCACGGCGAAUCAGCCCUCCGCAAGCUCCGUCUAUUUUCCUCCUCCGGCCGCCUCCUCGCCGACACCGUCUGGCGUAACCCCGGCGGUCGUCUAAUCGGAAUGUCGUGGACCGAUGACCACACACUCGUGUGCAUCGUUCAGGAUGGUACGGUUUACCGCUACGACGUUCAUGCUCGAAUCAUCGAACCGAAUCUCUCGUUAGGUAAAGAGUGUUUUGAGAGCAACGUUGCUGAUUGUGCUUUCUGGGGAAACGGUGUCGUUUGUAUUACUGAAGCGAAUCAGCUGUUCUGCAUCGCUGAUUUCAAAAACCCUAACGCGGUUAAGCUAGCUGAUCCUGGUAUCACUGAACCGCCGCGUUGUAUGGCUGUUAUUGAGCCACAGUAUACGGUGUCCGGGAAUGUUGAAGUUUUGCUUGGAGUUGGUGAUGGUGGUGAGGAGGAGGAUGCUGCGGUGCUAGCUGUUGAGGAGGAUGGCGUGCAGCGCCUUGGUGGCGAGAUGCUCCGAGGACCUUUGCAAAAGAUGGUGGUGUCGCGGGAUGGCAAGUGGCUUGCGUCGUUCACUCAUGAUGGCCGGCUUCUUGUCACUACGUCGGAUUUGACUGGUGUCAUCAUCGAGAGGGAGUGCGAGUCAGCUCUUCCUCCAGAGCAGCUUGCUUGGUGUGGAAUGGAUGCUGUGCUUCUUUACUGGGAUGAUAUGCUUUUAAUGAUGGGUCCUGAUGGAGAACCAGUUACCUACCUUUAUGAUGAACCAAUAAUUCUUAUUCCUGAGUCUGAUGGAGUGAGGAUAUUGUCCAACACUAGUAUGGAAUUUCUACAACGGGUUCCUGACUCCACAGUUUCAAUUUUCACAAUUGGCAGUACAUCACCUGCAGCUUUGCUGUAUGACGCGUUAGAUCAUUUCGAUAGGCGUAGUGCUAAGGCAGAUGAAAAUUUGAGAUUGAUAAAAUCUUCCCUUCCCGAGGCUGUUGAAGCAUGUGUUGAUGCUGCAGGUCACGAAUUUGAUGUUUCGCGCCAACAAACACUUCUAAGGGCUGCCAGUUAUGGGCAGGCCUUUUGUAGCAAUUUUCAUCGUGAUCGUAUCCAAGAAAUGUGUAAAAUUCUGCGGGUCUUGAAUGCAGUGCGCAGCCUCGAGAUCGGCAUUCCUCUUAGUAUUCAGCAAUAUAAGUUGCUUACACCAUCUGUCCUGAUUGGUCGCUUGAUAAAUGCUUACCAACAUCUGCUUGCAUUGCGGAUAUCGGAAUAUCUCGGAAUGAAUCAAGAUAUACAAACAACAAAGCAUGAACAAAGCACCUGUGACAGCAAAGCAAUGCUACCUAAUUCUUUGACAUAUGUAAGGAAAAUUUCUUUCAAAAGAGAAUAUGCUAAUACAAAGUUGAAGCUAAUUGCCUAA